AUUCUAACCUAAAUUCUCAAUAAUUAUCAUCGUGAAAAAAAAUUAUUUACAAAAUUGAAUUUUCAUUGAUUUUCACCUCUCAAUUGUAAAGUAAUUUGAAAUUUUUAUUUUUUUGCAAUAGUGUGUAAUUGUUUGUGAUUUAAAAAGAAAAGUGGAAAAAUAGUUUUUUGCAAGCCGCGCGAAUGGCACGAAAAAAAAAAGUGGAUGAAUAAUUAAAAAAAAAAAAAAAAAAAAAAAUUCACCCAACAGGGAAUGGAGUAUUCUGUGAUGAGUGAGCUUUUAAUUUGGUGUUGUGGUGAUUUUUUAAAUAAUAAAACCUCUAAAUUAUCAAUAGUCAUUAAGGUUUUAAUUCCGGUACGCGUGUUGCCUCCAUAUUGCAUAAGGCCCUCGUUGGCCCGUCAAAAAUGUUGAGUUGCGGCAAAGUCAUCGGACAAUUAACAAAAAUAACAAGACACUUAAACAAUAAACAUUUCAGUGGAACAAUAAAAUAUGUCGGAGCUAAAAAUAGCAUUGUGUGUAAUUACAAUACAUACAGUGCAAAUUUUCCAAUAGGUAUUAUUAAUAUUCAUUCGACGAGAUUAAAUAGUACAAGAGAAAAGAAACCAUAUAGAUUUUCGGGUGUUACAUUAAAAGCGGAGGAAUGUGUACCUAAAGGGGGGCAAAAAAAGAAAUUUGCAGGACCCGCUUGUGAAUUGGGUCCUGAUUCAUCGUGUCCAACAACGUGUCCAGGUGCAACAUUUCCACACGAUCCAAAAAAUGAUAACGAUGGUAAUGGACCAUUUAAAUAUUGGAAGGAACUUUUUAUUGCUCUAUUUCUCACUGGAGUUGUUAUAUUUUCGUUUGCACAAUUAGGGAAUGAUAAUGGAAAAUUAUCGAAGGAGAAAGAUAAUGAAUCGGAGAGGAAAAAAAGAAGAAAAAUAGUGAAAUAUCCUAAAAAAUCUAGUUUAAUUCCAAAGGAAAUACCAUAUUUGUUAAUAGGAGGUGGUCCAGCGUCAUUUUCAGCAUUUAGAUCAAUUAAAUCGAACGAUCCAAAGGCGAAGGUUUUAAUAAUUACAAAUGAAAGUUAUAAUCCCUAUAUGAAGCCACCUUUAUCAAAGGAAGUUUGGUACGAUAAAGAUAGAACAAGUUCAUCAGAAUUUAGUUUUAAACAAUGGCAUGGAACUCCACGAAGCUUUUUUUACGAGCCAGCGGAAUUUUUUACGCCAAUAGAAAAAUUAAAUGAAUUUGAAAAUGGAGGCGUCUCAGUUGCCACCGGUUGGAAAGUGGAUAAAAUUGAUGUAAUUAAUAAAAUUGUAACACUCAGCGAUGGUUAUCAAAUUAAAUAUGAAAAGUGUCUUCUUGCAACUGGAUCAACACCGAAGAAUCUCGAAAUAUUUGAAUCGGCCGACGAGAAAGUUACAUCGAAAAUUCUACCCUAUAGAACAUUAGACGAUUAUCUUGAACUUGAGGCAAAUGUACAUGAUCCAAAUGUACGAAAUAUUGUUAUAAUUGGCGGUGGUUUUCUUGGUUCAGAACUUGCGUGUUCAAUGGCACAAAAUUUUGAUCCCGAUAAAAAGAGAGUAAUACAAAUUUGUAAGGAAAAAAAUAUAAUGGCACAAGUAUUACCUGAAUAUUUAAGUGAAUGGACGACAAAUAAGGCAAAAGCAAUUGGUGUUCAUUUUAUUGGCAAUACUGAAGUUGAAGAUUUUGAGAUGCGCGAUGGAAAAUUAACACUUAUUACAACGGAAAAUAAAAGGGUGGACGCCGAUCAGGUAAUAGUUGCAGUUGGCGCUAAAGCAAAUACAGAUUUAGCCACAGUUUCCGAAUUGGAGACAGAAUCGGAAAUUGGUGGUUUUCUCGUUAAUGCCGAAUUAGAAGCGAGAUCAAAUUUAUGGGUGGCAGGCGAUGCGGCAUGUUUUUAUGAUAUUAAAUUUGGAAGAAGACGUGUUGAACAUUAUGAUCAUGCAAUUAUAUCGGGACGUUUGGCAGGUGAAAAUAUGACGGGCGCAAGAAAACCAUAUAAACAUCAAUCGAUGUUUUGGUCGGAUUUAGGAUUGGAUAUUGGCUAUGAGGCAAUUGGAAUAAUUGAUUCAAAAUUGCCAACAGUCUCGGUGUUUCUCAAGAAAGAUGAGAAAAAAGAAGUGGAAAUUAGUGAAAAAUUAACAAAAAAAGAAGAAGAAGAAGAAAAAGAGGAUAAUUUAAAGAAUGAAUCGAAAAAAAAUAUUGAAAAAUUAAAUGAUUCUAGUGUUCAGACAAAUGAUAAUGAAAAAUGUGAUGAUGUGGAGUCAUUGUCAUCGACGAGAAAAGAUUAUGAUCUUGAGAGGGGAAUUAUUUUCUAUCUUAAAAAUGAUAUUGUCGUUGGUAUUGUUCUUUGGAAUGUAUUUUCACGAAUGUCAAUAGCGCGGCAGGUACUUGAGAGAGGCACGAAAUAUGAGGAAUUAUCGGAAAUAUCAAAAUUAUUUACAAUGCACGAAGAUUAAAAUUAGCAAUUUUUUUUUACAAAUGAAGAAGAAUUGGUUUUUUUUUUUUGUAAAUAGUUGAAAUAAAAUUAAAUCGCUCAAUACCUCAAUGGAGGGACACGAUAGUGAAAGAGAAAGAGAAAAGAAGGAAAUUUAAAAAAAGGCUCUUAAAAGGAAAAGAGAAAGAAAAGAAGAGAAAAGGAAAGAGAAAAAAAGCCCAGUGCAUUUUUGCAGGCAUUUAAUUCCAAUUUCUAGAACCGAACCUGUGCUUUAUUAGAAAAUAAAGAGUGAAUAAUAAUAUUCAAAUAGAUUUUUGCGUAUGAACGCAUUAGUAAAAAAAAAAUUUUUUUUUUUUUAUUUUUUCAGGUUUGAGAUUUUUACAAGAUGUGUAUUUUCAAUUUGAAAUAUUUUUUAAUUAUUGAUCUACACUGUACAAUUGAACAAAUGGAAUUCGACACCAAAUAAUUACAAAAUAACAAUUUA